AAAAAGAACAUCUCUCUCUCUUUCUCUCUCUCUUUCUCUCUCAUCUUUGGCUUCAAAGUUGGGUUGGUUUGACCCAUGAACUGCAACACAUUAAUUAAAGAGGACCAUCGUCACAAGCGAUGUGUCCUCUUGGGACAGUUAUGCAAUUUAUAUUAAAUUCCACAAAUUCACACAACUCACUCAGUUUACCAUUAAAAUAAACAAAAAAAACAACUUAAUUUUUCCCAAAUACCCAAGAAAGAAAAAAACACACAAUUUCUGAGAAGCUAAGCCUGUGGUUUCUCAUUCUCAACCAAAGGUGAAAGAGGAGAGUGAGAGAAGUUCCUGAGGAAAAGGCACGAACUUCUCUCUUCUGCGCACUGGAUCGGGUUCUGGGAAUUGAAGGUUAGGUUCAAAAGGGGCUGUGUUGAUCUGCACCAAGAUGCUUAAUUUGCGCUGAAAAACCCAUUCAUACGCAAGUCUCGGUUUCGGAGAUGAACCAGUUAGUUGAAAGCUCAACGAAUUCUCAAAGGGUCUCUAGAGUUCAAGCUCCGCUGGUUGACUCUGUUUCUUGCUACUGUAAAGUAGAUUCAGGCUUGAAAACAGUUGCUGGGGCAAGAAAAUUUGUUCCUGGAUCGAAAUUAUGCAUCCAACCUGACAUAAACCCAAAUGCUCAUAGGAGCAAAAAUUCACGCAGAGAAAGGACAAGAGUUCAGCCUCCUCUUCUUCCUGGUCUUCCUGAUGAUCUUGCUAUUGCAUGUUUGAUUCGAGUACCUCGGGUUGAGCACGGUAAACUGCGUUCAGUUUGCAAGAGAUGGAAUCGUCUCCUGUCUGGAAAUUUCUUUUAUUCACUCAGGAGAAGUCUUGGAAUGGCAGAAGAAUGGGUUUAUGUCAUCAAAAGAGAUCGCGAUAAAAGAAUUUCAUUGCAUGCUUUUGAUCCCAUCUACCAGCUGUGGCAGUCCCUUCCACCUGUUCCUGGGGAAUAUUCUGAAGCAUUGGGAUUUGGCUGUGCAGUCCUCAGUGGUUGUCACCUGUACUUAUUUGGUGGAAAAGAUCCUCUGAAAGGAUCUAUGAGACGUGUUAUUUUCUACAAUGCUCGUACUAAUAAAUGGCACAGAGCGCCAGAUAUGCUGCGAAAACGCCAUUUGUUUGGUUCUUGUGUAAUAAAUAACUGUCUCUAUGUUGCCGGUGGGGAAUGUGAAGGAAUCCAAAGAACUCUUCGAUCUGCUGAAGUUUACGACCCCAACAGGAACAGGUGGAGCUUUAUCACAGAGAUGACCACAGCAAUGGUGCCCUUUAUCGGCGUUGUUCAUAACGGCACAUGGUUUUUGAAGGGACUUGGAUCAAACCGCAACGUCGUAUGCGAAUCGUAUGCACAGGAAACUGAUACCUGGACCCCAGUGAGUAAUGGCAUGGUGGACGGUUGGCGUAAUCCUAGCAUAUCCCUGAAUGGACAACUGUAUGCACUUGAUUGCCAGGAUGGGUGCAAGCUGAAAGUGUAUGACAGAGCAACUGAUUCAUGGAAGAAGUUCAUGGAUAGCAGGCUCCAUCUGGGUAGUUCUCGGGCUCUUGAUGCUGCUGCUCUUGUUCCUCUUAAUGGAAAGCUGUGCAUUAUACGCAACAACAUGAGCAUUAGUCUUGUUGAUGUUUCGAGUCGGAAUGGAGGCGUGGAAAACAAUCCUCAGCUUUGGGAAAACAUUGCUGGAAAAGGUCAUGUGAGAUCUUUAGUUAGAAAUUUAUGGUCUACUAUAGCAGGGCGUGGUAGUUUGAAGAGUCACAUCGUUCAUUGUCAGGUUCUUCAAGCCUGAGUUGAAUUGUUGAUUUUGGUGGCUAUAGAAUGAGGUCAUUGCUUUACAAUCAUGAAUCAAUAGUGAAAAGAUAUUGUAAAUGUUGUUUCACUCUCAGCCUGUGCCAUUUCCCUUUUCCCAUUUCCUUUCUUUACAAUAUAUUAGGUUGUAAGACAUGUUUUUGGGCUGUAUAUGAUUCAUUACAAAACAUAAAAAAACAUUUGAAUCUCUGCUCAAGUUCAUUUAUUUUAGUAAGCAGGGAGAAUAGCAUAUCAGAUUCCAUCUUCUGCCAAAA